GUGUUCGCUCACAAAGAAUUUUUGCGCAAGUAUAAAAGCCCUUGCUGUAUGCAUAUACCAAGUAAUCGUGUGAAAAUUUAAAGUGUGUCGGGUGUAUUACUGUUGCGCUUAAUUUUACUUACAAGUAGUAACAAGAAUUCAUUUACAUAUAGUUAAAAACUUAGAGGAAAAUGCCAAUUCGGAAUAUACCACCAUUUGUGUUGAGUUUGGACUCAGCGCCAUAUUAUAAUCACGAUUUGUAUCCAAAUCAUAUUUAUCGCCGUUUGCAUGAACGCCAACAUCAUCCAUUGGAUUUCGGUACAUUGGGAUUAAUUGCACGGUUGGGCGCUCAUGCUCAUCACCUAGCGGCUGCCAAGCACAGCCCUGAAGGUAAUGUAGUUAAUCGUUAUGGAAAAAAUGGUUUCGAAGUGCACCUGGAUGUUGGUCUAUUCAAACCGGAGGAUCUCACUGUGAAAAUAGUUGAUGAUUCACUGGUGAUUGAGGGCAAACAUGAGGAACGUGAAGAUGAACAUGGUCAUAUUUCGCGUCACUUUGCACGUCGCUAUGUGCUACCCAAGGGCUAUGAUGAGGAGAGUAUUGUAUCGACACUAUCAUCGGACGGUGCGUUGACCGUACGUGUGCCAUCGCCACAACCACCACCAGAGGUGGAGAAAAAGGAGCGUAUAAUAGCUAUACAGCAGGUUGGACCUUCGGAAAUUUUUCUAAAGAGCAAAAGUCAGGAGGAAGCCGAAGCAGCAGCAACCAAAUAAGCAAAGCAGCAACAAAAUAUGCUAAACAGCAACAAAAAAGUGUAAAAUGCCAUAAAUGUUCAAUUGCAUGCAUACUCUUUUCGAUAACGUGAAGCAAAAACAAAUUGGGAAUUCGCCAAUAAUGAAAUGAAACGCGUAAAGUAGUAACUUCGCAUUUACAUAUUGAUACUUUUAAAAUAAAUGUACUCAACUUUUU